AUGUCGCAUGUUGGUGUUCAAGAGCACGGUAUUUGGAACAAAUUUCGAGCUUCUACAAAAUCCUUGUCGAGCUCCUUCUCCCAGCUUUCAACUAAAUCGGAAAGGGAUGGAGAUACACCGUCCACCACGAUUGUCCAUAAAGCUAUUGUGAAGUUUUAUGAACAACAAGAACCAUUCCAAGGGUUUCCAGGGUGGCUGGGACACAAAGAAGAUCUACCAGAUGAGCAGAAAGUGUUAAGGAAGCAAACGGAGCAUUUAGCAAAGCAGGCUAAACCUUCCAAGCUACGGUCUUUGAGGAGGGCGGCCACCGAUAUAACACACAGUCACUCUGAUAGCCCCUCAACAAAUAACACGUCUAGUAAUGGGUUCCAGUUCGGAAGCUCCGGUAUUUCUGAUGGGAGACGACCCACAGCUGGGAUGUCUUUCCAUUCUAUCUACAAAAAAGAUGACCAAUUCGGCCUAGACAUCAAUGAUUCAGGAUUCAGCUCUCAACCAGAUAGCUAUCGCGGUAGUCCUGGUAUUCCAGAGAAUAGCGGUGCGAAUAACUCCUCUCCCUCUGCAGGCUCUGGGAAUAGUAUACCAACAAAACCUGCUAGCUCAUCUGAUUUGAUGAGCGCGAGGUUGAAGAGGAGAGCGACGAGGGAAAGAUUUUGA